AUGCCCUCCUAUGCAGCGAUGUACGCUGGUGUGGCAACGGAUGGAAAUGAUGAUGAGGAGCUGAUGGGUACUCCAGAGGCCGAGGCGGUGAAAAUUGGUCAGGUUCUGAUGGCCAAGAUUGGUAUGAAAGCCAAGCACAUCGAGCGCAAGGUGGCGAUCAUGGACAUCGAGAAGGUGCUGCAGUUUGGCCUGCAGGCGAUGGAGAUGGACCCAGACGAGUCCGAGAACUUUGUGAAGGAGGACGUCUCCGGAUCGUUACCAUCCGGAGAGAUGGGAAAGGCCGGUGAUUUGAAAGAGCCCAAUACUGUGGGGGAUCGCAAGGGGAAGCUUUCAUCCUCUUACCCUCCUAUCUUCCGUGCCAAGCCUGGCGAGAGCUACAAGGAAUGGAGAAGGUCGGUAGAUUUCUGGCUGGGUGGUGAAGGAAAUGCGAUCCCGGCAGAGCUCAUCAGGCCUCGCAUUAUGUUCCAACUUCGUGAUCGUGCUGGACAACUUGUGCAUCACCUCACCAAUGCGGACGUGAACAAGGAGAACGGCAUGACUGUCAUCACGCGGGAACUUGAGAAGAGCCCCAUAAUCAGACAGCUGGACAGGCACAAGGUGGACCAGCAUCGAAAGAAGCUCAUGCAGCUGCGCAGAUAUCCCCAGGAGAGUAUGGAAUCCUAUAUCACCAGGGGCAGCAUCUACCGGACGCAGCUUCAUGCUUUGGACCAGGCGAUGGAGAUGGGCGAGUUCUUUUACACUGGACUUCUUGUUGAUGGAGCCCGCCUGACACGUCGUGAUCGAGCAAUGGUCAAGACAAGGGCGGGCACGGACAUGGAGGAAGAUGUGACCAAUGCGAUGAUCGAACUUGCACCAGAGCUGGAGGGAGAACCAGGUUGUCCCAUAGGCUACUCUGAGCCCAACGCUGCAGCUCGCCAAGGAGAUGAGUUCCUGGUGCAACGAGGUGAAUCUACAGCCUUGAAGUAUGGGAAAAAGGAGGUCAAUGCAGUGGAGGCGGAAUUGCCCCCUUGGGAGGAGGUUGAGAAUGAGUUGGAUGAUGACUACAUGGCUGAGGAGGAGGCAGACCAGCUUCCACCCGAAUUGGUGGAGGCCUCACACGAGGCCUAUGCCAUGCACUUCAAGGCCAAGCAGAAGAUUGCGGAGGUGAAAAAGCUUCGCCAGUAUUUCAGGCGACCGGAGCAGAUGCUGGAGGAGCGCAAGAAGAUCAUCGCCGAGAAGAUGAAAACGGCACCGUGCCACAAGUGCGGGGAGCUGGGGCAUUGGAGCCGUGAAUGCCCUCAGAGAGGACAUGCCACGGGAGCUGCUUCCUGGCGCAGCUCAAAACAAUCCCAGACCAAAGGGUCGGCUUCCGAAGACAGGGCAACGUUGGUAGCUUUGUGUCAUAGAGACUCUUCAGAGCGCGUUCAGUCCGAGUCGAGCUACAAGGGGCGUCAUGGUGUCACGGUGGCGUUCAAGGGCAACAAGAAUAAACACAUUGUUGGGUCUCAUGAAACGUUUUGGUGUCAAAGGGAGUUGAAGUAUCAAGUCAUUUUGGAUCUGGGUUGUGUUCGAUCGGUUGUGGGUCUCAAGUGGAUGACAGAGCUGUUGCAUGAGUGGAAGAAUCAGCAACGCUGGGUACGUAUUUUUCCAGAGAAGGAACAAUUUCAGUUUGGAAACAUGCAGACCCCCACCAGCAAGUUCCGAGUUCAUUUUGAGGUAGUUCUAGCAGGCGUCACCAGUUUCGAGGUGUUGAACUUCCGCCUCAUGUUGGCCUCGUCCACUUCCAUCUCGCCCUUCACCUCGUCCUCCAGCACCAGGUCCUCCACUGCAGGCUCUUCCUUCUUCGUCUCCUUCUUCGCCUCGCGCUUCGUUGAUGUCGGCGCUGUGGACGACCUCGAAGCCAUGAUCACGCGCCAGCUGUUCAAGACCGAGGAGGAAAGUCCAGACGGAUCGACUGGAUGGGACGUGGUUUCCAGCCUGACGGCAGAGGAGCUCAACAUGAUCCACAAGAAGCGCGAGCGAGCGGCGAAGGCCCUCUCCAAGAAGAAGACCAUGCUGGCACUGACUGGCCAGGCGGCGGACUAUCCGAGCCUAUCACAGGUUUGGUCGAUGGAGGUCGCCUACAACAUGGUUCAUUCGAUGGCAUCGCGCAUGAGGACUUUCCUAUGGAAGAAGCUGCUGUGGCAACUUCGUGUGAAAAAGGCAGUGGAAGACACGCUGGGCUCCAAGACGCAGGUAGUUCGCUGGAAGCGCAACCAUCGCUGGCUGGCGAUGCUUCUGGCCAAGGAAGUCGGGACUCUAUGGGGGCACUACGGAGCAAUGCGGCAGAAGAUGAACGACCCGCAGGUGUUCCCUAUGAUGUGUCUGACAUUGGGAAACUAUGUGGCGCGACUCCUCAAGAAGCGGGAGAAGUGCGUGGUGCUGGAGAUCUUUGCCGGAACCGCCAGGCUCACAAGCAUGGCAAGGGGCCUCCGAGGUCGAUGGUGGCAUGCUAUGAGUCCUGUAGACAUUUUGUCGGGACAGGUGGAGAAGAAGCGCUUGGUGCUGACAGAGCAGCCUCUGGGAUCAGAGGGCCUCAAGUUGUCCAUCAUGGAGCUUCGCCCGCAGCUUCACCGGGCGAAAGUGGCUCAAUGUAUGUUCGGCUCCGGGGAUGUGGAGAAUGGCAAGCCCCAUCGGAAGCUCACUGCUCUGGACGUCAAUGAUGAGUACUUCGCGCAGUGUCUCGAACGAGAUGCAGUAUGUCUUCAUCAACCUGAAGAACAUCAAGUCCUGGAAGGAAAGGUCUUCUAUGAGGGCAAGUGGGUGAAUCGAUCACACUUAGAGGUGGAGCAACCCGAGUUGUGGGAGACUGGACCGGUGGCAAGCGGUGUCGUCCCUGAAGAACAACUACGGCAACGCUUGGGAGAAAUGGGAGUAGCGGCAGACCGCUAUGGCUACAUCACCUUCGAAGGCUAUGGUCAACAAGUCCCGCGACGAAUCAGGGCGGUGGUAGCACAUCUACACGCUACCCUUGGCCAUCCGGCCAAUGAUCGCUUGGUCCGCAUGCUGACAAUGAGCGGUGCCGGACAACAGGUGCUGACAGCUGCUUCGAACCUGAGAUGCCAGGUCUGUGCAAUGGUUCGACCCCCUCGUGAUGCUCCACAAGUUUCAGGAUCAAAGUCGACCAACUUCAACGAGCGUGUCUCUGGUGACACCUUUUUCAUGUGGGACUUGGAGGGGGAGAAGUACGGCGUUGUGCACUUUGUGGACGGCCUCACGGACUACCACAUUGCGGACUGCACUUUGAAUCCGGAUUCAUCCUUUGGAGCAAAGUGGCGCCUUGGCCAUGCAGAGCGCCAUGGUGCCAUCUUGAAUCUGAUGCUCAUGAAGAUGGUGCGUGCACACAACUUGGUCGGCUAUGAGGACGUGCGCAUGGCGACAGUGGCGGCCUGUAUUGCAAAGAACAGGCUCUCCAACCAUGGUGGCGUCAGCCCCCUACAGGCAGUGACCGGCAAGAACAAUGUCUUGCCCGCAUCCAUCAUGAACCAGCUCUGCUCUGGCAAGGUCAAGUGCAUCCUGAAUGACACCAUCACCAGGACGGCUUGCCUGCAAAGAGCAGAACGAAUUCGAUCAGCAGCAGUGGAGUCAUUCAUUUGGCUGGACUCCCAUCAAUCUCUUCGCAAGGCACUGGCUUCGAAAUCCAGGCCACCACAAUUGGAACUUCUUCGAGAAGGUGCCACAGUAUAUGUAUAUGAUCCUCCUCCCAAUCGACAAGGUUUGGCGAGACGGUUGCAGGACAACUCUUCAUGGUCGGGACCGGGCACGGUCAUUUGCGUGGAGAAGGACAAGGAGGUGCCAACACGAGUGUGGGUGCGUCUUCGAGGUCGAGUGCGAGGAGUUCCCUUGGAGCGAUUGCGACUGGCCACGACUGAAGAGGUGGUGAGCAAUCAGUUCAUCACUGAAGCUUUGGAGGAGGUGCAGAAGGAGUUGACAUCAGGGCAGCUUCGCAUAGCAGGUGAGGAGGGUGACCAACAACCGGCUCCUGCUGGAUCAUCUUUGGCGAUUGCAGAUGAGCCAGCGCAACCUAUGGAGGAUGAAGAGCAAGAGACAGAGCAGAUGCGACUGGAGCGCCGCUUGCUGACGGAUGUCCCUUUGCAGAUGACUCGCAAGGUUCCAGGCGAAGGAGACCCCUCCAACCUGCCAUUUGCCAAGAAACAGAAGGUCUUUGAGCAGCUCUCCAAACAAAUGGGAGCACCGACCACCAUGCAGGAGGCGUCAAUUCGAGAGCGUUUGGAGGAUGCCUACCAGAGGUCUCGGAGCAUUCGCAAGGACGUCGAGAGGCACAAGAGUCGGUCGAGAGCAAGAGCUUCGGCACAGCAUGACACGGACUUCGGCAUUGUGGAGGUCGACGUGACGGAGAAUGAGGCGGCUUCAAGGAAUGACAUGGCGUCUGAAGAGGAAGUCGCCCUUGAGAAUGCACCGGUCCUUGACUCGUCCCAGGCUUUUGUGAUUGCGGCGAAAGCGCUCAAGUAUGAACUCUUCGUCGUGGAGGCCUACAAGAAGGACACCUACGAUGUCAUGGCGGAGUUGAAGUUCCACGGGGCCUUGUGGUCGGAACCAGGCAAGUAUGCAGGUGUUCAACAGUUGGAAGCGUAUGCCCAACAACAGGCACAAGAUGGGGCACAGGCAGCUCAACAGGGUGGCUUAGUGACAGGCAAGGAUCGCCUGGAGUAUGCUUGGUCAAAGCUGGACGACAGAUGGCGUCAAGCUUACAUCCCGGCACUUCGCAAAGCCUUCAAGGUCUACAUAGAUCAUGCAGCCAUCAAAGGAGUCCCUGAAGGCAAGGUCAUUGAUCCAAAAAGGAUUUUGCCAUCACGCAUGGUGCUCACCAACAAGGGGAAGCCACAGCUGGAGGCUGCAGAACUGAAGGCACGAUGGGUGUUUGGUGGACACCGUGAUCCAGAUGCCGGUGCCUAUCCUACAGCCUCUCCCACGGUGAGCUUGGUGGGACACAAUCUCCUCAACUUCCUGGCGGUGCAGUUCAGAUGGGAGAUCUUCUAUGAGGACGUGUCGGCGGCCUUCCUUCAGGGUAAGGAGUUGCCACCACAGCGGGAGAUCUACGUCAAGAUCCCUUACGGGUAUACCGCCUCAGAUCUUGCAGGAAUCCUUUGGCAUGGGUUGUGGUAUCUUGAGUACCGCAACACCUUGAUUGACAUCGGUGGCCGAGAGCUCAAGUUGAUCCCAGGCUUCUUCUGCUUCUACCAUCCUGACGGUGAUGGCUGGCAGAAGUUCUGUGGUCGUUUUGAACAUCAAGAUCCAAACACCUUUGAGGUGUACUACACCAUGGACGAGUACUGCGCAGACAUCAAGCUCGUGGAUGAGAGGAAGCCGGACGACAUGGCACGGCCGCUCACGGAGCAUGAGAAAAAGGUGAUCAGCUCAGCCAUUGGGCAGGUCAAUUGGGCAGCAAGACAGUGUCGCUUCGACCUGAGCUACGGCGCGUCCUAUGUGCAACAGCUGGCCAGCACCAAUGAUCCGUUGGCCCUGCAGUUUCUGAACAAGGUGAUUCGGAGGGCGCAUCAGGACUUCGUGAUGAAGGCCCAGAGUGCCAAGCUGCAACGAGUGGUGAGGUGCAGUAUGGCGGCGGAAUUGACAACUUCCGCCACGGCAUUCGAGCACGGCGACUACAUGCGAGCUGCGCUUGCAGAAAUGACACAGGAGAAGUUCUGCCUGCGAGCCUGGAAGGUUCAUGCAAGCAUGUGGAAACACAUCUUGGUGUUGGACGCCAAGGUUGCCUUCGACGCCAUCGUCUCCGAGAUGGCGCCGACAGAUCGCAAGUUGAUUGUGGACAUCGCAGUCUUGCGUGAAACGUUGGAGGACCCUCAGGGGAACAGCUUCCUGAGGUGGGUUCCGGGUAGUGAGAUACCCUCCGAUGGCCUGACCAAAUGGCAUGGCAACGGCUCAUUAGAGAAGAUUUUGAUUCAAUGCUACUGGUCUCUGUGUGACACCGCUCUCGCAGCAGAGCUGCGACGAAGGGUGGCAGACCGUAAGCGAAUGCUUAAGGGUCACGGUACCAAGGGGGUUUGUGUGGAAACGAGCACAUCCCAUCGUGACCCUAAGGACAAUUCACCUGACGUGAAGCCGUUUUGGCUUCCACCUAGGGAAGAGGCAUAUGUGAGUUCGCAGAACAUGGGCUCAUAUAUAAAAGAACAACGAGAAGAAACUCAGAUGCAGCCGGAGGAAGAUCAGGUGUCUGCCGCGGAGGACAUGAGUGACGCUCCGAUCUCCGAGUUUGAAGCUUCGCCUACAGAGUCGGCCAACAAAUCAGGUGAACAUGCCGCAUCAUUCGGGGAGACCAUGAAUGUCUUGAAGUUGAGUCCCACUGAAGUGACUCUGCUGCGGAAGUCCUUUGAUAUGCUGCUGCUUGCACUGGGCAAUGAUCGUGAAGCGGUAGGUGAUGCUAUCUAUGGUUUGAAGAUUCAUGCGCUGGUUGCCAUCAAGGACAACUUCACAACGCCAAGGGCGGUGGUAUCGCUGCGUUUCUUCAACUGUUUCCGCUUGUUGCUGGAGAAGGCAGAAGAUCCCGACGAACUGAAGAUCUAUGUGGAGACCUUGGCGUUCAAGCAUUUGCAGAACGACGUGACCGAACUGCGUGUCGACAAAGUCAUUGAUGCAUUCAAUGAACUGCUCACGAACAACGUGCCUGACCUUCCUCCUGGAACUUGGGCGGCAUGGCGAACGCUGCUCAGUCACACCGGAUCUUGCUACAGGUUUGUGGGUGAGACUUAUGGAGAACGUCUUCGGAUCAUCAAGGAAGACUGGGCAGUGGUCCAGCGAGCGACAAAGGAUGAGGCGAAAGAUGAACGAGUCGAAGACAAAGAAGAGAAGGAGGAGGAGGAUGGCGAGGCUCAAGAUGAAGAGCUUGCGCGGGAGGAUGGGGCCGAAACUUUCAGCUUCGGAAGGAUGUGUGCCUUCAGCAAUGAGGUGAUGGGCCAGAAGACCGAAGCUUGGAUGUUGGAGCUCCUACAAGUCUUCCAUGUGCUGGUGGACAUGAUUUCAAGCCCUGUUCACUUGCAAGAGGAGUGUGAUUUGCUUGCCAUCAAUCUCAUCACCAAGUCCAACUCCAUCAACUUUGAGCGAUUCAAACCUGUGAUGUUGGCGGCCCUGCGGUCCUUGCUGCCCAAACAGUGGAGCACCAGCCACGAAGGGGCCUGGGAGUGGCUUUGGCUCACGGUGUCACGGAACCUCAACGAGUCCACCAUGAAGGUCAGGGCAUUCAAGCCGUUCAACGUGAAAAUGUUCUCCACUUUGCAGGAAGAGCAGCUGGACCGCUUUCGGGCCAACAUCUUCACCGAGUUCUUCGCACGAAGCCAAGCUUCACAGGACCUUUUCAAGCAGUCCCAGACUCGACUGCGGUACAUCGCGGACAGGGUCUUGCAAUCCUCCUCCGAUAUGUUCCAAAAGAACAAAGAUGAAACGCUGGACGACCUCUCUGCUUUGGGUUUGCGCCAUGUAGGCUAUGGCAUUCCCAUUGAGCUCUUUGGGCCCUUCGUGGAGGUUUGUGUGGAGGUGAUGCGACCAUUGAUUGCCGAGUUCCCGAACAGUAUCGAGAGCACGAAGAUGGUUUGGUGCCCAAAGGACCGGGCGCAUCAACUGCCGGAGAAUGAAAUUCCAGAGCACAUGAUGAUCGAAGGCUUCCGCUGGUCCAUCGGUUUGACGGCGAGGGUCUUGGUGCGCACCAUCAUGGAUGGCUCAACUGCCGUGAUGCAAGCCAUUCACUUUGAUGAUUCCAAGCGUUUGCGUCGUGCGUUGCAAGAUGCACCCAGGGUGGAACGCUUUGUGUGGCAACUGGCAGUGGAAGUGGGCAGCCAGUCCAUUUCACCUCUCUUCUGGGCUCUAAGGAGCGGCGCACAUGAUACGGCCAAGACGAUGAUCCAAGACAUUUUGACCAUUCGUGCAGACCGGGACAACUACUACUUUGGCGCAGAUGAGCUCUUCAAGUACCAACCCAACAUCGCAGACAACGUCUUGCGCGAGGCGCCUUUUUUGGCCGAGACCCUACUGGACGGGCUGAUUUGGCGAUCGCACAAGAGUCAGGACAACCUGCGCCCAGUGAUCUACUACCUGAAGCACCUCUUACAGGACAUGGAUGAGGAGAAGAUGCUGAGCAGGGCUUUGAUCAGUUAUGUGCGUUUUGACCACCCACAGACCAUCAUGCACCCCAUCUUGGCGUUUUCGUUGGAUCUGCUGUGGGACAAGCUGGCAUUACGCUAUUUCCUCAUGGACCGCGUGCUGACCGUCUUCAAUUGUAUCAUCUUCAUCCUGUCAGAAUGCAUCUUGAGCCAUCCAAGCGUUUUGCAGAUUUCUUCAAUGAUGCCCAAAGUGGUCUUCGGGGGCCGAUGCCUGGUCUACACCAUGGGCUUCCUUCGCUUGGUUUAUUGGCACACGCUGGAGAUUUGCAAUGCCUACCGUCACAAAGCCCUCAGCAACGUCCAUGGAGUUUGGGUGCCGCAAUACUUGACCCGUGGGGCAGCCAUCAUCAGCUUCAUUUUGACCUUGGAUAUGCUGGCGAUGAUGACGGUGGAGCCGUUGUUCCAUUGCAUGGGCCAGGGGAUUGCAACGUUUGAAUGCAAUGCCUGGACUGAUACCAUGAGUUUGACGUACGAAGUGUUGGUGACCAUUGGCGUGUUCCUGUAUGUGAUGUUGAUCGUGGAAGUGGGAAGCAUCUCCAUCAAACUCUCUGAGUACCGCGUGCUGUGCAUCCAUGCGGUUGAGCAGAUCCUUUUGUGCUUGGGGGUGGUUUUCCUGGUGAUCCUGACCUUCGCCUUUGCUAUCUCGGGCAUGGAUCGCGAGGUGCAGGCUAUCACGGGCACGGGAGCCCUCUCAAACCUGGCUGAAGAGAGUCCGUUGCUGGUUUUGGUAAUCCUACUCUUCAUGAUGCUUGUGUACAGUUUCUUCUUCAACCUCCUAGUUUCGCAAUUCUGCGGCGUUUACCACUCCUUGGCAGCGGACAUCAAGGGCCACGCCAGGUUGGCACGAGGAGAGAUCAUCAUUGAGACCUUUAAGGCCGUGAAACUCUCACGUUGGCAAACCUUUAUGACUUCGUUGAACUUGGACACGCGCGUGGAUUUUGAAGAGGGCGACAUUGGAUUGGCCGGAGGUAUCAAGACCUAUGAGCCUGCGCUUGCGCAUCCCAUUGCGAAGGAUCAGAUUGUUCGCUUUGGUGGCCAAACUGAUGGCAAGUUGCCGUGGCCCGAAAAGACUGCAGAUGAGAAGGACAACAUCGAGAGGACGGUUCAGAAGACGAUUCAAAAGUCCCUGCACAAGUUGCUGGGAGGAAUGAAGAAGACCGCCGCUGGAGCCAGCCAAUUGUCCAGCGAUGUCCAACAAGACGAUAAGAGCAGUAGCCACCACAGCAGCGGAAAAGGUGGUGCUGAUGUUGACGACUUCACUCUGACCAAAUUUUUGAAGAAGUUGGAUGCCAAUCUCAUGAACCCAGCAGGCAGUUCAAAAACUGACCUGAUGGGCGUGGCACGGCCAGGCGGCUUGUCAAGCCACUUUUCGAUGGUGUCAGUUACUACCAAAAAGCCUGUUUCCAGCAUGUCUUCGGCCCGUAAUGUAAGGGCCGUAAGGUCAGAAAUCACAAGCAUUGACAGCAACAUUUCAGAAACGAGUUUUUGCCCUCUGGUAGUUCAACCAGGCAAUGGGAAAUCUCAAAUAUGA